AACAACAAUGGUCGUUUUCUAACGUUUCAUACAAGUUUUCUACAUGUUUUUUGAUAUCUUUUAUGAAAAAUUUGCUAUAAUGUAUUGUGGCAGUGCCACUUUAUAGAUUUACAACUCGUUUCUUUCAAAAAUAUCGUUUUUUGUCACAAAUCACGGACUGAUGCCGGAGACGUUAGUGCCACUUGGCGGGAGGACGAUAGUUACUUCGUGAUAUUUGCUGUUUCUGUGUUCAAUUGACUAUUUUUUAUUGUAAAAUAAGUGUGAUAGGCCAUGGCUGCGACGACACCACGUCGUUCAUCGCGGACACCCCAUCAGCAUACUCCCAAAAUGUCGGAGAGAAAGAAGGGGUUAUUUCAAGGUGUUGUUGAAGCUUCCAGGGAAUCUUUAACGAAGCACAGGCAACUGACGGUGGUGGACAGCGAGAGUGAGAGUGAUGACUGCGACCUAGGCAUCAUGGGGACAUUAGAUUCUAGUUCCUGUGAUGAGACUGAUCCAAGUGUCCCCAAGACUCCAGAGAGGACAGUUUGGCAUACAACAAGAAGCCAAUCCAGAAAGCUGUUAAUAGAAACUCAGGCUCUGAAGAACUUUAUAAAAUCUCCAUUUACUUUAAAGAAAUAUCAGACUAGGUAUUCUUGUCCCGAGAAAUGCACAGGUUCACUAUCUACUCCUGCUACACCACACUUACAGAACCAUCCCGGGACUCCAUCGUCUACUCAUUCCUGUGCUAGUGUCCAUACUACAUCAUCUACCUCAAGCAAGGCAAGGAAAAGUCUUGCUAGUCUCAUAGCUGAUACGGAAAGUUGUAGUAGCUCAUUGAAAGAUCUUAAUUUUGAUACUGAUUCUGGAACAGACUCAAAAGAAAACACCCCGACAAAAUCUAUUCGUCGUUCCUGUAGGAGACAGAAAUUGACCCCGAAAUUUCAAAGCUUUAAAGGUGUUCUAGUAGAUCAGAAGAAAAAUAUGUCACCUUUACAUAACCCAGUAGUUUGCUUGACCAAAAUGGACAUGAAUAACAUGUCGCCUACGCAAAUGUUAAAAACACCACACAAUACUUCAGAAAAUAAUGCUUUGCCACCAAAACUUGGUCCUAAUCGUCGUUCAGUAAUACAGAUUGACGAAAGUCCAGAGUCUUUGUCAGGAAGUGAGAAGAGUCACAAAAGGCUUCACUAUGAUAGUAUGUCGGAAACUGGCCCAAAUUCCAAAUGCCCCAGACUAGAUUCAAAUGCUGUUCCCAAAGCACGGUUAUCACUUUUCAACAGUGACCGCUUAAAACAGAUACUUUCCGCUAAGUCAUUUUAUGGAAAAAGUAAUCCAGAUUUGAACACAAACGUGACUACGAAGAUAUCCCAUGCUAUUGAGCAAACCCAAUCUCAUCGAAGAAGGUUGUUCCCGUCAUCAUCGUCACAUAGGCGUAAACGUAGACCAGGGCAGAUAAAUUUGGGCGUCCGUCAUAGGAUUCGCAAGCCUAAAAUACAUAAGAAUAGAGUUGUUAUUCAAGGAUCAUCCAAUGUGAAUGCGACACUGAAUAGUACGGCUUCCAGUGGCGUAAAGGACGCGUCCAUACUGAGCCAGGAGUCGUCAGGUCAUGAUGCUUCUCAAGAACUUUUGAAUGAAAAAGCAGACCCAUUUGACAAAGAAAAGCAAACAAUAGAAGCUCUCCUUUGCCAGUGGACCGAAGAAGAAGUCCCAGAGUCAGAACUCAGUUACAAAUGUCAACGUGAACUUCCUUGUUUCAACUCCUCAAUCAUGGAAGAGACUAGCCAGAUCUUCCAACCAAUCACAGCUGUGCCAGUACCUAUACAGAACAUUCCAAAUAAUACUGACGCUGUUAUUAUGGAGUUAGGAGUCCAGAAGUCAAUUUUUACAGGAGAUGGAAAGGAAUUGUCAGGAAAUGUCUCUACUCUAUCUGAAAAUAUCACAGGUGUGGUACUAAAUAGUGCAGACGUGGCCAGAAAUAGCCCUGUUGUGGCUACAGAUAAUGUAGGUGUGACUGUAAACAGCCCAGGUGUGAUGCAUGAUGUAGUAAUGAGUGAGGAGAGAUACACAGAUAGACAUGGGGUUGUGCCUAAGAGUGGACAGUUUUUGCCUGUUGAAGGAGGAUAUAUUUUGGUUGCUGAUAAUGCUGAACAUGUGCAAGAAGAACUACCAGACCUGGACGAAAUCGAGCGCGAGCUAAAAAUGUUAGACGAGCAGAUCCUUCGCAUGGCUCACAGCAACAACAUUGAUCCCGAAGUUGUCCUGGCAUCCACAGAGAACACUGUAUCUGCAUCUGCUGCUGACGUACAGUCAAAGUCCCAAGCAGCAGAGCAAAGCGAACAGACGGGACAAUCACAGAAGGUGUUCCCUAUAUUCAGCAAACCGAAUCCUGGCAUGCUAACCACACCCACCAGCAAAGCACCCGCAGAUAAAAACAAGAAGCUCAUAAAGAGCGGUUACGACCAAUACGUAAUAGAUGCCGGACAGAAGAGGUUCGGCGCUACACAGUGCAAGGAGUGCGGUGUUAUCUACCAGAUAGGCGAUGCACAGGACGAACACGACCAUCUUGUUCACCACAACGCUUCUGACGUACUCAAGUUCAAUGGUCUAAAAGAAGAGUGCAUAGUGGGCCGUUCGCACACUUACCGCUGCAUCAGGAUUCGUGGCGGCGAGGCCGGGUGGAAGAAGGUCGAGACUUUGCUGGAGAGAGUCGUGCACCCGCAGCUGGGAUACGAAGGGCGGUUGCCAACUGACAAGCUGCAGUUGUACACUGCGUAUUUAUACGUGGACAAGCGGCAAAUUGUAGGCUGCGUGAUUGUUGAACUAAAGACGAAGGCAUUCAAGCUCAUGCCUGGUGAUCCUGACUGUUGCAGCGUCGAGAGCUACCCUGUCAAGUGUGGCGUGUCCCGAAUCUGGACGCACAUAAACUACCGUCGCCGUGGGUUGGCUUCGCGCAUGUUGGACUGCGUACGCGCAUCUUUCCUCUACGGCUCUGCGCUAUUGCCGCAAGAUAUCGCCUUCAGUGCACCCACCGCUGCAGGGAAAGCUUUGGCUGCUAAAUACUGUGGUACUAGUAAUUUUUUAGUUUAUUUAGAUUAAAUUUCUUACGGUAUAAGGGUCAUGCUACAUUUAUCGCUUCUACUGCCGCCACAACUUUACAUACCUAGUUAAAAAUGUCACAAUGCAGGUCGGCCAUCUUUGAUUUGAAACUACAGUCCUUUAAGUAGCCAAAUCCGGUACCAAAAGUACUUUGGGUCAUGUCAAAAAGACUGAAAACGCUGGUACAGUCAAAAUAAAAGUAUAUCUAAAAUUAGAAAAUAACCCUGACUGAAUGAAUGACUUUUUUGUGGUUUUUGUGGCUUUUGUGGCGACGACGGUACAAAAGCGAAAACGGGAUUGCAUUAUCUGAGAUAAAAAUAGAACAUCUCUUCUAAAUGAUGUAAGUUUACUGUACUAUUAAAUAUAAUUGGUAGCUAGAAAGUUGACAUAAUA